AAACACAUCCUUUCAGUUUCAAUUUGGAACUGCACGCAUAAGUACUGCAACGGAAUAAAUUUUACAAGUUUUUUUCUCCUUAUUAAACACUUAGAAUAAUCAGUAAAAACAAAAAAAAAAAGAAUCUUUAAAUACACCUGCCGCUAACGUCAUAAUUUUAGAAAGGACGUUUUUUCUUCAAAUUAAAAUCAAUAUUCGCUAUCUUGUUGUACUUAUACACUUGCGUGUUAUUUAAUUAUGAUCGAGCUGAUUUGUUUGUUUAUUUAAGAAAAAACGGUAUGGAUUUGACUCGUUUCAUGAAUAAGUUCAAUGAAAUUGAGCGGCAAUUGUCGCCUACGUCGGCUUUACGUUUAAGUUUUGACAAUAUCUCACCGGAAACUGAAGAACCUGAAAGUAAACGGCUUUGGGGUGUACCGGUACCACCGUUUGUCUCUGACAAAGUAGUUACUUGGCUAGAGGAGGAAUUCACAGAUCCACCGAUUUUUUAUGGCGAUACAUUGGUCUUGAAAAAGGUUGAAAAUGUACGAAUGAUUGAUCGCUACAAUACAAAAAAUCCUAUUCUUGGCACUUUAUAUUUAACAGCAACACAUUUAAUAUUUGUUGAGCCGGAUACAAAUAAAGAGACAUGGAUCUUACACAUGCACAUCGCAAGCAUUGAAAAACUACCGCUUACAACUACUGGUUCCCCUUUGCUCAUACGUUGCAAGACGUUUCUCUCCGUUACUUUCGUAAUACCCAAAGAUUCGGAAUGUCACGAUGUCUACAUGUCUUUAGUUAAACUUUAUCAACCAGUUUCUAUUAAUAAAUUAUAUUGCUUCAACUAUCAACCUGUUAAAGAUGAUUUGCCGAAAUCCGCUGGUUGGGAUUUUUUUAAACUAGAACAUGAGUUCAAGCGUAUGCGUGUACCGAAUGAUAUUUGGACCCUCUGCAGUUUGAAUGCCAACUACGAAUUGUGCGACACGUACCCACGUCAAAUUUAUGUGCCACAAGAAGCUAAUACCGCUAUGUUGAUUGGAAGUUCACGUUUUCGUUCAAAGGGUCGAUUACCUGCUUUAACUUAUUUGCAUUCUAAUAAGGCUUCUAUAUGCCGCUGUAGUCAGCCUUUGUCGGGAUUUAGUGCACGCUGUCUGGAAGAUGAGCAAAUGUUGGAAGCUAUUCGCAAAACAAAUCCUAAUUCUGAUUAUAUGUAUGUUGUGGAUACAAGACCUCGGAUAAAUGCUUUAGCGAAUCGUGCUACUGGAAAAGGUUAUGAAAACGAAGCAUUCUAUGAGAAUAUUAAAUUCCAUUUUCUCGGCAUUGAGAAUAUUCAUGUGCAACGUACAAGCUUGCAAAAGCUUGUCGAGGCUUGUGAACAGAAGACACCGACAAUGAGCGGCUUCCUAAAUGCUCUAGAAUCGUCUGGUUGGCUUAAGCAUAUACGCUCUAUUUUGGAUACUUCCAGUUUUAUAUCAAAUGUGGUGGACAAAGGAGUUUCAGUGGUAGUGCAUUGCUCGGACGGUUGGGAUCGUACCGCUCAAGUUUGUUCAUUGGCUGCUCUAAUGUUGGAUCCCUUUUAUAGAACUAUAAAAGGCUUUCAGUCUUUGAUCGAGAAAGAUUGGUUAUCUUUUGGUCAUAAAUUCAGUGAUCGUUGCGGCCAUAUACAAACUGAUAAUCGAGAAGUCUCACCAAUUUUUACACAAUUUUUAGACUGCACUUGGCAGCUGAUGUCGCAACGUAACGAUGCUUUCGAAUUUAACGAACGUUUUCUACUAAUUUUACACGAUCAUGUGCAUUCGUGUCAAUUUGGUACAUUCGUUGGCAAUUGUGAAAAGGAUCGCUUGGAUUUAAAAUUAACGGAACGUACAUUUUCCUUAUGGGGUUAUAUGACCAAUCAUUUAAAUGAAUACAUUAAUCCUUUGUACAAACCGAAUGUAGAUGAAACCAUCAAAGCUAACCUGGCGCCACAAUGUAUAAAAUUUUGGCGUGGUAUGUAUAGUCGUUUCGAAAGUGGUGUACAUCCGCGUGAACCUUUAGGAGAUUUACUAUUGGCCAGCAAAGAUCAUUGCAAUUCUCUGGAGGACCAUGUGCAGCAUUUAACAAAGCGGAUUGCUAGUUUUAAAAAUUACUUAUCAAAAUCAGCUAAAAAGUUACAAGAUGUCACUGUUACAAAAACUAAUUCCAAAGAAACUCCUACAACCGAAAUUAAUGAUAACAAAUAUAACUAUGAUAAAAAGCUAAGUGAACUUUCCUCAGCUGACGAUGAUCAUCCUUUAAAACCUAGUGGAAUAUCUUUUGCUAAUUUAUCCCAGCUUUCCGAAGAUGCUGAUCCUAAUGGUUUGGCGGAAGAAAUAGAUUCGGUUGCCGUUGAUUGGAAACCAAUGCGUAAAGUUACUGUCUGCUCUUGCUCAACACCGUUUGAUCAGUUUAGUAAAAAGACUCAUUGCUGGAAAUGUGGCGAUGUCUUCUGCGAGCGUUGUAUUGAUAAAAACAUACCCUUACCUGGACAAGACAGCGGACGACCGGUACCUGUAUGUCGUACAUGUUUUCGUUUGGUACAAAAAAUUAGUCCGUAAAUGCAUAAUGUAAUGUCAACGCCUGCAAAAAAUUGAAUUCCUGUAUCGCUUGUAUACUAAAAAACUUUGCGCUGCUGUGUUAAAUAUAUGGAAUAUUAAAUUUACAAUACAUUCAUUCCCAUGUGCAUGUAUAAAUGUAUUGAUUGCAUCGAAUUCUAUGAAAACAGUUUAAAUAAUUCUUGUUAAUUUGUUUAUUAAAAAUAUUUAAAAAGCAGAAAAACAUUUAAGCAAAAAAAUUGAAAUUCAAUAGCUUAGCUGUGUGUGUUAAAGUGAUCGUUUUCUUCUUUUUAUUUUAAUUAAUUUUAUUGAUUUUUUUUUCUUUGUUUGUAUUUAAAUAGUUUUAAAAA